AUGUGACUCACCACAUUAAACUAUCUUAUUAUGUCCCUGUCAUAUGCUAUUCCAAUCCUAAUCGCAGUAGCCUUCCUCACACUGGUCGAACGAAAAGUCCUAAGCUACAUACAAGCCCGAAAAGGGCCUAACAUCGUAGGCCCAUUCGGGCUCUUACAGCCCGUAGCAGACGGGAUUAAGCUAUUUAUUAAAGAGCCAAUUCGCCCUACAACUUCCUCACCCCUCCUAUUUAUUAUAACCCCUAUUCUGGCUCUAUUACUAGCCAUCACCAUCUGAAUCCCCCUCCCCCUCCCCUUCUCCCUCACCGAUUUAAAUCUUGGACUGCUAUUUCUACUGUCUAUAUCUAGCCUGGCAGUUUACUCAAUCCUAUGAUCAGGCUGAGCCUCAAACUCAAAGUACGCUCUCAUUGGAGCCCUACGAGCAGUAGCUCAAACCAUCUCAUAUGAAGUAACACUGGCAAUCAUCCUCCUAUCUGUAAUUGUCCUAAGCGGGAACUACACACUUAGCACUCUCGCAGUCGCUCAGGAGCCCCUCUUCUUGAUCUUCGCCACCUGACCCCUAGCAAUAAUAUGAUAUAUCUCCACACUUGCAGAGACAAACCGAGCCCCCUUUGACUUAACUGAGGGGGAGUCAGAACUUGUCUCAGGAUUUAACGUAGAAUACGCCGCCGGCCCUUUCGCCCUAUUCUUCCUAGCCGAGUACGCUAACAUUAUACUAAUGAACAUAUUAACCACUAUCCUAUUCCUUAACCCCAGCUCCCUUAACCUCCCACCCGAGCUAUUUCCCCUAGCCCUGGCCACUAAUACCCUUAUGCUGUCCUCGGGGUUUCUAUGAAUCCGAGCCUCCUACCCACGCUUUCGCUACGACCAACUAAUACACCUCCUAUGAAAAAACUUCUUACCCCUGACGCUAGCCCUAUGCCUGUGACACGCUAGCAUACCCAUCUCCUAUGCUGGCCUCCCCCCUUACCUAAGG